CUUCUCGCUUGAUGUGACUUAGCCAGCGGCGAGCAUCUGGAUGACGUUUCCCGGGAAAACUUGGUUUUCUGUGUCAUAAUGAUGGCAGGACCAGGGGCCACGGAGCCGUGAAGUCAGCCCAGACCGCUCCCCUGAGAGGACCGAUGAAUGAUAAAUCUAAAGCACAGUCUGCACCAUGGGAAGGAUCGGCUUUUCGUGCCUUUUCCCGGCGUCGUGGCACUUCAGCCUGUCGUCUCAGGUUCUUCCUCGGCUUCUGAGUCCUUCCCUCAGACAGCUGCUCUUCGUCGGCCUGGCACUCUGCCUCAUAGGACUGCUCUACCUGCUGCUUGUGUCCGCUAAGACGCGCACCAGCUGGAUUGGAGAAGAAGCCCCCUUCCACCGGCACCUGGCUAGAGCCACUGACUCAGAGGCGACAGAUACGAGCAACCCCAACCUGAACUAUGGCCUGGUGGUGGACUGCGGCAGCAGUGGCUCCAGGGUGUUUGUGUACUGCUGGCCCCGGCACAACGGUAAUCCCCGUGAACUACUGGACAUACGGCAAAUGCGAGAUCAACACCGCAAGCCAGUGGUCAUGAAGAUCAAGCCUGGUAUCGCUGAAUUGGCUAAAACACCUGAGAAGGCCAGCGACUACAUAUAUCCUCUCCUGAGCUUUGCAGCUCAACACAUUCCCAAACAUAAGCACCAAGAGACACCGCUAUACAUCCUGUGCACGGCUGGAAUGAGAAUCCUACCAGAGAGUCACCAGGAAGCCAUUCUUGAAGAUCUGCGCACAGAUAUCCCAGUUCACUUCAACUUCCUCUUCUCUGAUUCCCACGUGGAGGUGAUUUCUGGAAAACAAGAAGGUGUUUAUGCAUGGAUCGGGAUAAACUACGUCCUUGGCCGAUUUAACCAUGAGCACAAUGAUGGAGAAGCUGUGGUGGAGGUGCAUGUCCCAGGCAGCGAUCAGCAGGAAGCGCUGAUGAGGAAAAGGACAGCCGGGGUCCUGGACAUGGGCGGCGUCUCCACCCAGAUUGCAUAUGAAGUGCCCAAAACUGUAAGCUUUGCCUCUCCACAACAGGAGGAAGUAGCCAAAAACCUGCUUGCAGAAUUCAACCUGGGAUGUGACGCACACGUCACCGACCACGUCUAUCGCGUGUACGUCUCCACCUUCCUGGGCUUCGGGGGGAACGCCGCGCGUCAAAGAUACGAGGAGAGCCUCGUCAGAAACACCGCUGCCCGAAACAAGCUCUCAGGGGAACGUGUCGGCGAGACGGCAGAGUCUCCCCUCCCGGACCCUUGUCUUCCCACCGACCUGCAGGACGAGGUCGGCCCGCCGACUCAGAGGCUCCACCUUCGGGGGACGGGGGACUUCGACGAGUGCAGGCGGAUCCUGCAGCCGUUCCUCAACAGAACCGACGAGAGCCGGACGUCCCUCAGCGGCGUCUUCCAGCCGCCGAUAGACUACAGCAACAGCCAGUUUUAUGGCUUUUCCGAGUUCUACUACUGCAUGGAGGACGUGCUGCGCAUGGGCGGAGAUUAUAAUGCUUCUAAAUACGCCCAGGCCGCCAAGGGCUACUGCGCCACCCAGUGGAAGACGCUGAAGGAGCGCUUUGACUCCGGGCUGUAUGCGUCGCAUGCAGAUUUUCACCGGCUCAAGUACCAGUGUUUUAAAUCCGCGUGGAUGUACGAAGUUUUGCACACUGGUUUCUCCUUCCCGACCGAUUACAAGAACCUGAAGACAGCCCUGCUGGUCUACGAUAAAGAGGUCCAGUGGACUCUUGGAGCCAUUCUUUAUAGGACGCGGUUUCUACCUUUGAGGGACAUCCCUCAGGAGAGUCCGAAGGGAGCACACUCUCACUGGCGACACAGCUUCUCCUUCAUCAACAACCACUACUUGUUCCUGGUCUGUUUCUUUAUCGUGUUGCUCUCCAUUAUUCUGUACUUGCUGAGGCUGCGCCGCAUCCAUCGGCGUGUGGCGCCGCGCUACACUCCCUCCUCUGUGCCGUGGUUGGAAGAGGGCCUCGGCUCUCCCUCCCUCCCGGUCGAGCUCUAAACUUUGGGCCGCGUGAGCAGGUUUAUCACCUUCAAACGUCAGAGUCCACUCCUACGUCGGACCGUCUACGUUUUCAGCACCCUACAAGUUGAUGGGCUGGAAAUAGAAAUUUGGAUAAAUGAGGAACAUGUUUCAUAUGUCUUAGGAUGACAGAUACAACAUUGCUGUUGUUAUUUUUGCCUGCUGCUGCCUUCAGGUCUUUCUUUUUUCUUUUUUUUUCUGCCUUUUUUUAUCAUAACAAACACAAAAUGGUACUUUGCUUUCUACUCAGUGCGCACCUGGAUGGUGGGACUGGACAUUGACAUUCACCACACUGGCUAAAUAUAUUAUAGAGACAUUUAAUUGUCUUUUUGCCUUUUCUUAUUUGCCUUUUUUAGUUGUUGUUUUUUUUUUAUUAUUUUGUUCCAGUUUAUUUUUUUCUUAGCUUUUUUCCAUAGUUGUCAAAUAGAAAAAGCACUCUCUACAGAAACCUGAAAAGCAAUAUGAUUUCUCCUCGGCGUUGGAAGCACUUUGCACUGCAGUCGCACUGCAUGGCCUAAAUGAAUUGAUUUAUCGGGUGUGUUUAUGCCUAAACGUUUCUGCAUAUUUAUGUUGGAAAAUGUUAAGCCUAUAACAACAGUAAUAGUGCAAUACAUGUCUUGUCACUGCUGGGACAUUCUUAAAAACCCGUCGGCCCUCUUAACAAGAGAAUCAGUCCCACCGCUGAAACUUGCUUGACUCUUUGGUGGGUAUUGUUACCUAGACUUAAUUGGGGCUUCAUUUUCCGAAGCCAGUAUAUCACUACUGUGAGGGAAUUGUAAAUCAGAGCGUAUGUUCUGUUAUUUAAAUAAAAUAAGGGUCUAUUUAAGUGUUUUCGCAGAUGAAUGUGAAAUAACUGUUGUGACACUGCAAUACAGGAAUAAAAGUUUUAUGAUA